AUGGGGCUGGCCGCGUGGCUCUGGGGGAACCGCCCCGUCCAGUCCUCCAUCUCAUCAUCCACCACCCAGCCCAUCCUCCUUUGCUCUUGGCUCCUCCUGCUUCCUCCCGCGCUCCCUGUCAUAUCAAUACACCUCCUCGCAACAGCCGCUCCACAGCCAAUGUCGAAGCCAUCAACCUCCCGCAGCGAUAACUUCGUGCCCGCGAUGCAGCUGCUCGGAGAUGAUGUGCUCUAUCUCUGUUCCGCAGACUGGGUGGCCGGACUGGGCCUUGGAUCCGCGUACGCCAACUCCAUGGCCAUGUCCCUCACACCGUCCCUGCACUCAACAUCCCAUCUGACACCACUUACGCCUCAGGCGCAGUCUUUGCCCCUUGACAUGUAUCCCGACAUGCCCGAGCUGACAUUCAAACACGGCCACUACCUGACUGUAGAUUCACAACUUCCCAGGUCCGCCGAGUCUCUCAUGGUCCCUCCCUUAUACCACGACGUGUCUAGUCAAGAGAGUAAUAGUAGUUACAGCCCGCCUGAAGCGAGACUCCCUUCCGAGUCGCCGUCGUUCCAAGACACAGACACCACUCCCUCCGCAGAAGCGCCCAAAAAGCCCAGACGAAGCCGCCCGAACCGUUACAAAAACGCAGCCCCCGCUGUCAUUCAACGCCGGAGAGCCGCCAACAGAAAAUCACAGCAAGCCUACCGCAAGCGCAAGGACGACCGCAUCGCCGAGCUCGAGGAGCUUCUCGACCAGGCCGCCCAGCGUGCGCACGACAUGGACCGGGCGUACGUGCGCCUCCGCGCCGAGUACGAGCAGCUCCUCGUGAUUGGCGGCGCCGAGGCUGCCGGCCACCCCUCGAGCGUCGCCAGCACGGGUGCGGAGGAAAAGGCGUUUUUGGCGCUCGCGUCUUUUGCGCAGCCGCCUUCUGACCACGGGCUUUCGCAUCCGCCGCACCCGCAACAAGCGACCAGCGUCUACCAUGUGACAGGCAGUCAUGAUGCAAGACUGGGCUAA